UUUCUCUCCAGUCUUACUCCAUACUGUCCUGUUCUUUUACCCUUGGCAUCUUGUUUAGUUGGAUAGAAAGCAUCCCGGUGAUGCGAUCGUGCUGCAGUCGGCUUGGAAACUGUGAAACAGCUUAAUCCCCCUCGGUGCCUUCUACUUCUUCCCCCCCCCUUGCCGAUAUCUCCAUCAGGACUUGCAGAUGCCAAUUUACCAAUCAUAACAUAAAUCCAUCCAUUCUCCUUGGAUCUCGUGGUUGAUGCUCUGAACUGCAUGACAUCGUCAAUUUUCUUACCUAACCAGUUGUCAUACUAUAUUCGGAAUCAGAAUAAAAAAUGCCCGCCAUCCCACCCUCUCCCCUGAGCAUAUCUCACCGCCACAAUCGCAGUCGAUCCUCGAACCUCGACCUCGACUCCCCCAUCUCCCCCGGUGUCUACACCUCCAAUGGGUUCUCACACAGUCCCCUCCAAUCCCCUCGUCAUCAAAACCACCUCUCUCACACCAUGAACGGAUCCCAGCGGAUGUCCGGCGACUUCGGCGACGCCGCUGACGCCGCCGCCGGCGGCGAUGGUGGGGGAGGAGGGCUGGGCAAUCUGGCCGACGAGCUAGCCGACGCCUGGGAAGCCGAAGAGAGUGGCUACGGAUACGUCUCGGGGCAGGAGAUGGAGAACAUUCCCGCGGAUCAUCAUACCCAGCAUGCGGCAGCGACCAGCGACUCCGAAGAUGGCUACCACAUGGUCGGCGCCAGGACCCCCUCGUCCGGCUACGACUCCGAACGAGGCUCCCUGCAGCCCCCAAAGCCUAAAGCCCGCAACGGCGGCCCCGCCUCCCACCGACAACAUCGUCGCCAUGAGUCGCACUACGACGGCUCCGACUAUGGCAAUGACUCUGACCUCGACGAGUCCGCGGAUAUCUCGCCCGGUUUGGAGAGCCAGAUGGCGGAGGUGGAGAGUCUCGCGAGAAGGGGCCUCGAGAAUAACGGGAGUGAGAAUGACCAUGUCAUUGCUCGGGCUGUGACGGCGUUGCAGGAUCUUGGAGGCCAGAGCGGGGUGGAAAAUAAUGCCAUGAGACUCAUCACCGCACACUCCUCCAUCACUUCACAUCUUACCCACCAAACCCGAGCGCUCCAAACCCUAACCCACCCCCUCCUAUUCUCCCCCUUUCCGCUCCUCUCCGCCGACGCAAUCGACGCCCUCAUCCCCCUGAUCGACGACGAACUCCUCCCCACCCUCCCCUACCCCUUUCCCGCCGACCAGAACCGCCCCUCCCGCCCCUCCAGCACCACAACCACCACCACCAUAUCCUCCCGCCCAACCACCCCCGCCCACAACCCCCUCGUCUCCCUCCAAACCCUCAUCGCCCAAACCUCAGACAUCACCCUCUCCCUGCGCAGCCUAAGCGACACCCUCUACGAAUCCCGCCAGCUAACAGCGACCGCCUCGCGCCGACUGCGUUCCGCGCGCGAACUCGUCGCCGACCUCCGCCGCGAGGACGAAGCGCGCGAGGAGGGAACCCGCUGGAUCGAAAAGGGCGACUGGGACACCCGCAUCCGCGAACGCACUGCCGGCAGGGAGUGCGGAGACGUCGUCAGUGGCUUUGAGGCUGUCUGUGGCGAGUGGAGGGAGAGGUUGUUUGGGGCUGCUGCUGCCGGGGGGGAGGUUGCUGCUGCUUAACUUGUCCCUUUUUCUCUCU